AUAAAGGCGUGGAGGCGGAGGGGCAGUAGAUCAAAUUCUUUUGUGGUAAAAGAGAAAAUUAGGUGAUGAGAUAAUCUCGUGUAUUUUAAAAGAGCAAUGGAUGCCUCAGUGGACAUUUACAGGUAUGUAAACAGAGUGUGGGCUCAGUGUGAGAAGGAAAGCUGUUUGAAGUGGAGAUUGCUGUCCAGCGAAGAUGCAGCCUGCAUUGACCACAACAAGCCAUGGUACUGCUUCAUGAGCAGCGACACAAGGUACAACGAGUGCUCCAUGUCUGAGGAGGGUUUUCCUGAGGCGUCUGAGCUCGAUCAGAGAGGAUUGAAGUUCGUCUAUUCACAGCUUCCUCUUGGGAGCCUCGUUCUGGUGAAAUUACGGAAUUGGCCAAGUUGGCCAGGGGUACUUUGCCUUGAUCCUUUCCGAAGGAAAUAUGUGACUUAUGACCAGGAUGGAAAUGUUGAAAAGUAUCAUAUAGAAUUCCUGGGCGAUCCCCACUCAAGAUCAUGGAUAAAUGCAACAUUUGUUGGACUUUAUAGUAUCACAUUGAAGCCAGAAAAGUGUGUGAAAAAGAAGUGGUACAUGAGCGCCCUCCAGGAAGCGUGCCUGCUCCACCAGUGUUCCCCAGAGCAAAGGCUGGAGAGGUGCCUCCAGGCCCAGCAAGAUAAAGUCAAAGCAGAUGCUAAAAUUGCUGUGGUGUCCAAGAAAAGGAUGCAAGUUUCUAAAAUUAAGAUGGAAAAGAAAAGGCCCAAAUUUAGAAAAAGGACAAGGAAAGCAGUUUUAAAAUGCUUGGUUGAAAAUGUUUGUUCUGAUGACGCCGUGUCACAGGAAAUGAUGGCUAUGUCUGAGAUAGAAGGUUUACUCAAAGAAUUGGAGACAAUGUUGCAGCAAGUGCUAGAACCCACAGCAUCAGCCAAGGGGUUGGAGGAAGAACCUGGAGGAGAAAUCCAUACAGGAGACAAGCUCUCUCUGUGCUGCCCCGGAGGCCCCACAGGCAGGUGUCAGAUCCACCAUGAAGAGGACUACCUUGUAAUUGAUGGGAAAAAAUUAAGAAUGGGAGAAUGUUUUGAGAUCAUAACUAAUGAGUUUAAAGAAAUAGAUGUCUUAAUGUCUGAAUUUUGA